GCAGGGCAAUUUUUCCAUCUCUGUUGAGGUCCAGCUGAAGUCUGAGCAAGGGGGUGUGGUUUCUUUCUGCUGUUAGUGGAUGAAACGGAGUGUCAUGGCUUCAGCAGUUGAAAACCAGAGGCUGCCGCAGUAUUCGUCUCCUUCCCCGUGAGCCGAACGUCCAAAAGUUAGAAAUACGAAUGACAUCGGUUGGGUUGGUGCCCAGAGAGUGACAAAAAUGAGUGGCUUGCAGAGUCCGAAUUUUGGCAGAGGAGCCCAGAAUAAUCGACAGAACAACCCUGCAGGAUCUGGCUUCAAAUUCAACACGAACUUUGCGAAAUACUCUCCGAUCACGAGUGCCCAGUCAAACAGCGAGUCUGGUCCGUGGAGCAGCACAGAGAACUCAUACUGCGGCGACGCGCCACAGCCCGACAGUCCAAUGUCACCGCUGUUUAAAAGUUCACCCCGCAGUAAUGUGGACUUCAUUCCAUUAAGUGCGAGUAGUCCUGGUCCCAAUCCAAAUGCUAGGUUUAGGGGCAGGGGUCGUGGAAAGUGGACGAUGCACUCGCAGCAGCGCUUUUAUCAACAGUCCAACAUGAGUUUCAACAACAACAGUGGAGGCGCCAACUUUGGUGAAUACAGUGGGUUUGGGCCUGGAAUGUCUCCCUACAACAACAGAAACUCCUUUUCGCCUAGGAGAAGGUUUCAACGGAGAGGUGGUCCAAGCAAUGUGAGUCAUAACUCUCCUAUGGGCGAUGUCUCACUUUUCUACAAACACUCGAUGGUUGAGGAUCCGUGGGCACCCCUGGAGCACAGACUGGCGCUGACCGCAAGCAGAGCUGCCGCAAACCCCACCCACACAGCUCUGCAACUCAGUGAUUCAGACGAUCUUGAGAAGGGACGUGGUGCAUCUGCCAGUGAUGAGUCUGAAGCAGAACCUGCUUCCUCGGACACAGCUUGAGAUGGUGCCAUUUUAUUUUAAUUUGUGAGCCACUUAAAAAACUGCCAAGCAACUGCAGCACCAAUCAAGAGUUUUAACCCAGUUGUGGGUUGCAUACGGUCUAUCUGAUUUUUGAAAGCAACUUUUGCGAGAUGACGUACAAUAUGAUUGAAAUUUAUUGUUAUAUGAACAGAAUAAAAAAAAUUAUAACUUCA